AUGGAAAUGGGACAGUAUUUCCAUGGACUUCAUCACUGGUAUGCCAAGAACCUUAGCUGGCUACAACGUGAUAUGGGUAAUUGUGGACAGAUUGACUACGUCAACACACUUCCUGCCUAUCAAGAGUACCUACUCUUUGGAAUGAUUGACAAAGCUGUUUCACCUGUCACAGGUGUGGGCAGAUCCAUCAAAGCCAAGAAGUUUACACCCCGAUUCAUAGGCCCUUAUGAGAUUUUAGAGAGAAUUGGACAUGUUGCAUGCCAAAUUGUGUUGCCGUCACAUCUCUCCAGUUUACACGAUGUGUUCCACAUGUCACAGUUGAAGAAAUAUUAUUCGGAUUUGUCUCAUGUUAUUGAGCCCAAAGAGGUCGAGUUGUGA